AUGGAAUACCUUCCUAAGCCGAUUGAUCUUUAUUCAUCUCCACCAUUUGGCGUGGAUAUCCGAACUUCCAGACUCCCUAUGCUUAUCGGACAUCGUGGCAUGGGUGCUGAAUCUGCCAGAGAGGAAGGGGAUGUUAUAUGGCCAGAAAACACCAUUGCCUCAUUUCAGAGGGCUCACCAUUUGGGCAUUCGAGUUGUGGAACUGGAUGCUCUCGUGACCAAAAAUUGUAAAUCAGCCGUGGUGCAUCAUAAUUUCACCGUUAGACUCAAAAAAGGAGUCUCUAACGCUACACUGGAUGUAAUUUCAUGUUAG